CAUCCUAUCCUAGGAAGCGUCAUCCGAGCUGUUCGCUCCGUUCGCUCGUCCGGUUAUUUCUUCGGAGUAAUUUUCUGUUUUCUCGGCGCUUUUUCCUAUUUUGAUUCUUUGAAUUUAUUGCUUUGUGUGCCUGAGUUCUGCUGCAAGAUAUUCCCAACAUGCCGUACGCAAAUCAGCCUUCGGUGUCUAUUACAGAACUGACGGAUGAGAAUGUGAAAUUUGUUGUCGAGGACACUGAGCUCAGCGUCACCAACAGUCUCCGGAGAGUAUUUAUUGCCGAAACUCCAACCCUGGCCAUCGAUUGGGUACAGCUGGAAUCAAACACCACUGUAUUGGCGGACGAAUUCCUUGCCCAUCGGGUUGGUUUGAUUCCGCUCAUUUCGGACGAAGUUGUGGAACGAAUGCAGUAUAGCAGGGAUUGCACUUGUUUGGAUUUUUGCACCGAAUGCAGCGUCGAAUUCACGCUGGAUGUCAAGUGCAAUGACGAACACACCAGACACGUCACCACAGCCGAUUUGAAGUCGAGUGAUCCAAGGGUCCUUCCGGUUACUUCGCGGCAUCGUGACGACGAAGACAACGAGUACGGCGAGGGUACGGAUGAAAUUUUGAUAAUCAAGCUGCGUAAGGGCCAAGAGCUGAAACUUCGUGCGUACGCCAAGAAAGGAUUCGGCAAGGAGCACGCCAAAUGGAAUCCGACCUGUGGCGUGUGCUUCGAGUACGAUCCGGACAAUUCAAUGCGGCAUACUUUAUUCCCGAAACCGGAUGAGUGGCCCAAAUCGGAACAUACCGAGCUGGAGGAUGAUAAGUAUGAGGCGGAUUUUAACUGGGAAGCAAAGCCGAACAAAUUCUUCUUCAAUGUGGAAUCUUCUGGAGCUCUCAAGCCGGAGAAUAUCGUGAUGAUGGGAGUGCAGGUGCUGAAGAACAAGCUUUCGAAUCUUCAAACCCAACUUAGUCACGAGCAACAGACGGAUGCUCUGGCUAUUUAAGAACAUUGUAUUGUAACUAUCUAUACUGAUUAAAAUAUAUUUCAAAUUGAAA